CCGCCAUGUGUUCCCGCGGACGAAUUACCCGAUUAGGCAUCCAGGUUCAAGGCCGCCACGAGUCACGGCAGCUUGAGGAGCUACAUACUCACUGUAACUUAGCUGUCAACGUUAACCGCGAUAACAUCCCCAUGUCAGCUGUUGCGCAAAAAAAUAUUGUUGUCGGUGGCAAUGGUUUCGUUGGCUCCGCGGUUUGCAAGUUGGCCUCUUGCCCGGAGAAUGGAGGUCACCAGCAUAAGCUCUUCCGGAAAACCUUACAAAACCCCAAACAGGUGGAAUGGCGGAAAGCAGAUGCCCUGAAUCUAGAGUCAUAUGCGGACAUCCUCCCGAGUGUUGACGCUGUUGUCCACACUAUUGGUACGCUUCUGGACAAUACGCAGCACAAGCAGAGGAUGCAAGAAGGAGACGUAAUGGGCAUGCUCAAAUCUCUUGCUGGCCGUGGCAAGAGUUCUUCAGCAGAAGGUCAACGGAGCGCCUAUGACACCCUUAAUUAUGAAACAGCCGUCCGUAUGUGUGAAGCAUUUAUAGUGAGCGAGCCCGUAUCCGGAAUUUCACAUGUUCGGCCCUUCAUCUAUGUCUCCGCGGAGGACGUCAACCGACCCAUCGUCUCCGUGCGGUAUCUCGAAACGAAACGGGAGGCUGAGAAGCGGAUUGAAGAAAUCAUCCAAAGUCAUCCACAAUACAGGGGGGUGUAUGUCCGCUCCAAUUUAACAUACCACCCGCAUGUCCGACCAAUGACUACCAUUCCAGCCACGAUAUUCGAUGUCUCAGCACGGAUCCAUGCCGCAGUACCAACGUAUAUUCCGAUGCCUUCUUCGGAUCUGAGGUGGUUAGGGACUUCCGUUUGCCCCGAUGCCACGGACAAAACACCUUCCGCCCUGACUUCCAUGGCGAAUUUGCUCUCUAUACCCCAAUCCACCAAGGAUAUACGUGGUGUCGUUGGCGUGCGCGAUAUACGCCACCUAAUUGGUUUGUCCCAAAUGGGAGCAGGGACGUUGACCCCAAGCACUUAG